AUGGAAAAAUAAGAUGGAAAAGAUUAUUUUGGAUUUGAGGGAUAGGCUUAGAGCUAUGCUAAGUAUAGGCCUCAGUAUCCAGAUCAAUUUUUGCAAUAUAUCAGAGCUGAACAUAUGAAAGGUUUGAAUCAUAAUGUUAGUAUAGACAUUGCAACUGGAACAGGAUUUCUAGCCAAGCAGUUAGCUAUAAAUCUUGGCUUUAAAAAGGUUUAUGGCACAGAUAUCAGUGAAUCUCAAUUGAAAGAGGCUGCAAAUAAAUACAAGGAUCUUACUAAUAUUGAGUUUCACUAAGCAGGUAUUGAAGAACUGCCGUAAUUCAUUGAAAAGCACAAUCUUAAAAAUGAAAAUUAAUUAGAUCUUAUUACUUUUGGACAAUCAAUUCACUGGAUGCCUUUGCAAAAAACUUUGGAGACUCUAGACUCUGUUCUUGGCUCUAGCAUGCAAUAAUAUGUCCUAGUCUUAGCUUACAGUAAACCUUUGAUAUAUGACGGCUAAAAUUUAUGGUAGAGAAUAAAAGAGCAGAAUAUGGAGUCCAAAGGAUUUGUAGUAAAAACAAAUAUACCAACUGACUAUCAAUUCGAUUAGUCUAAACAAUCAAUCCAAUCUUUAAUUAGUGAAGCUUAUGAAGAAAUGUGGGCUAAGAUCUAUCCUCAUUUUAGAUUCGAUAGAUCAGUCAUAGAGAAAUUUUACACUCCUUUUAACUUUGAUGAUUACCUUAAUGUAGACACUUAAAUUAUUUGGAAUGAUCUUACACCUUAGAAGUCAAUCCAUGAGGUCUUUGGUUAUAUGAAUUCAAAUUCAGCUUAUCAAUGCUAUUUAGAAGAUCAUAAAAUUGAGAAGGGAUCAAAUGAGGAUCCAUUAGUAAUAUUAAAGUAAAAGGUAGCUUAGACAUGCGGAAGUGAUAUUUAAUUAGCCAAUGAAAUUAAGAUUGAUUUCGUGACUCCAUAUUUCUGUUAUUUGAUGUCAAAAAAAUCCUAAUGA